AUGUUGUCCACUUGGAGCCUCAUACCAGACCCCCUGGCCUGGCUCGCCAGCUUCCUCGUCUUCUUGUUGAAGCCGGCGGCGGCGGUGCUCGUCGGACAGAUGAUGGCGUCGCGACCACGUCUUCCUCGCGGGGCACCUCGACUCCUGAAGGGGACGCCCAUCCUCGGGUCCGUCGACUUUUUCCGCUCACGUAGCGAUUUCUUGCUCAAGGGGAGGCAUCGGGACCCCAGCCGGCAGUUCAGCUUUUACUACGGACCUUAUCCCAUUGUCGUCGUGUCCGGCUCGUCGGCCCGGUCCUUUUUCUACAACGCGCGCAGCCUCGACUUCAUUGAAGGCUUCUCUGCCCUCUAUUCCGCAGGCCCUAGCAUCGAGCAUCUAUUACCCGGCGACCUUAGGACGCUCUUCUUCACGUCGUUCAAGCAUCUAAUGGGCAAGGACCGGCUCGCAGCCAAGCUCCAUCACCUGACGACCGACACAGAUGUGGCCUUAGGCGCCAUGGGCAUCGACACGUCAGCGCCCGUCGAGCCCUUCAAGCUGAUGCUGCACCUCAUCUACCAGCUCACCCACCGCAUCCUCGGCAGCAACGACGUUGCCGAUGACCCCAAGCUGCUCGCCGACACCUUGUCGGCCUUUGACCGCUUCGACGACUCGUCGGCCAUUGAGGUCAUGUUCCCCCACGUUCCUUGGCCCAGCAAAGUCAGGAAGAUGCUCGCCGGCGCCAAGCUGCACCGCACCUUUUCCAAGAUCAUGAGCGACCGUCAAAGAACCGGCAGGGCCGAGGCGGAUGCCAUGCAGACCUUGAUCGACCAAGGCCACCCAGACACUGUCGUAUCUGCUUUCAUCAUCGGAACCUUCGUUCCAGGACUCACCAAUAGCGCCUUUAACGCCGCCUGGAUCCUUGCCUACCUCACCGCCAAUCCCGAGUGGUACGCCCGGAUACGAGCCGAAGUCGAUGCCGCCGUCGCGAAGCACCGCUGCUCGCAGGCCGAAUCGGCGCCCAAGGUGCUCUCGCGCCUGUCCAUGGACCAGUGGGAGUCCGAGUUCCCCAUGAUAAACGUGGCCCUGCGCGAGACGAUUCGCUUGAUUCUCCAGGGCGCGUCGAUGCGCAAGAAUGUUAGCGGCAAGGAUAUUCAGAUUGCCGACACAGGCAAGAUCAUUCCCAAGGAUGCCUAUGCGUUAUACGCAAUCGAAGACAUCCACAUGGACGACCAAGUCUACACCAGCCCCCGAGAAUGGGACCCCGAGCGCUACCUCGCCAGCAGGGAGGAAGACAAGAAGCGGCCGCACGGAUACCUUGGCUGGGGAUCAGGACUGCAUCCGUGCUUGGGAAUGAGAUUUGCCAAGCUCGAAAUAACCAUCUCGACGGCCUUCUUCUUCGCCUACUACGACUUUACGCGCUGCGACAAGAACGGUAACGAGCCGCAAGACGCACUGCCCCCCGUCGACCGCUCCGGCAUUGGCGAGAAGCGGCCCGUCCGUGACAUUUUCCUCAAGUGCACCCGUCGCAACGAGUGA